UCUCGAGGUAGUCUCGUAAUUCUUUAUUUGCAGGUACGGAGUCUCUAAGCACCCUUCGAGGAUUCCUAGAAACUGCAAAUAACUGUACUUGGAAAUAAGAAUCCACGUCUAAUAUUCGUCUUGUUCCAGAAGUGGGGGAAUUUGGAUCCAGUCGACUAUAUUAAGAAGCUCACAGAGGGUUGGCAUGUUAUUUACGGGAAGGUGCGUUAGAAGAUUGGUUUUCCGUUCUAGUCCUUUCGAUUUUUGGGUGAUUUUCACUUGUUCGUUUUGGUGAUAAUUGUUAAUUAAAAAUGGCAGUAGAGUGGAUUAAAAAUAAUAUGCUGUUUGUCGACAAUGAACGCAAUAGGCAAUUGACGGAAACCGAAUUAAAAAUUCAGCAGUCUCUUAAAAAAAUUUCCACCACAAAUUGGUAUUUAAACAAAUAUUCGAAUCCACGAAGGAUAUUAAAAGACAUGCCGAUUGAAUAUCGUUUACCAUCAUGGAAGAAUCCUACUUUCAGAAGAAACUAUAUAUCAAAUUCAUCGUCUUCCGAUUCAAUAGAUAUAUCUCCACAUGUGAAGGAAAAUGUACACGAAAAAGCUAAGAAAGUGGCACCGCCUAUAACAUCCUACAACAACAAAACAUUUUGUCGGCAAAUAUUACCAGAAACUAAACACACGAGAUCCUCGACGAAGUCUUCUUCACCCAAGGAAGAAAUAUUGGACGUGAACAUUCCGGUAAUGAAGUUCCCUAGACAAAUUUCCAAGACUUUUCCUAAAAUGUCGCCUUCUAGAAAAAUCCAAAACAUAAAUAUCGUUUUUCCACCCGGUCCGAAGAUUGAAUUUCCAAAUGAAGACAUGUGUAAUGACGACUAUAACGGUGACGAUAGAAGAAAGACGUUUGUUUUAAAGGAACGACCAUUUAACGUUGAUAGGACUACUGAGACUGAAGAUUUACGAAACGUCGAUGUGAUAAUAGACAAAAGAAGAGAGAAUAGACAAACGAACGUCAGCUUUCAAGAUUCCCAAGCUGUAACGACUAUUUUAGAAACACUAGAAAAGCCAAACUUCGUCAAAUAUGGUGCCAAAUCUACUCCAAAAUUCUCUCAAGCUUCCGAAGUUGUGACGACUCCUUUAAGUACGCCAGAUGUAGAGCCGAAAUUUUUCAAAUAUCGUACCAAAUCUACUCCAAAAUUCUCUCAAGCUGCCGAAGUUGUGACGACUCCUUUAAGUACGCCAGAUGUAGAGCCGAAAUUUUUCAAAUAUCGUACCAAAUCUACUCCAAAAUUCUCUCAAGCUGCCGAAGUUGUGACGACUCCUUUAAGUACGCCAGAUGUAGAGCCGAAAUUUUUCAAAUAUCGUACCAAAUCUACUCCAAAAUUCUCUCAAGCUGCCGAAGUUGUGACGACUCCUUUAAGUACGCCAGAUGUAGAGCCGAAAUUUUUCAAAUAUCGUACCAAAUCUACUCCAAAAUUCUCUCAAGCUGCCGAAGUUGUGACGACUCCUUUAAGUACGCCAGAUGUAGAGCCGAAAUUUUUCAAAUAUCGUACCAAAUCUACUCCAAAAUUCUCUCAAGCUGCCGAAGUUGUGACGACUCCUUUAAGUACGCCAGAUGUAGAGCCGAAAUUUUUCAAAUAUCGUACCAAAUCUACUCCAAAAUUCUCUCAAGCUUCCGAAGUUAUGACGACUCCUUUAAGUACGCCAGAUGUAGAGCCAAAAUUUUUCAAAUAUCGUGCCAAAUCUACUCCAAAAUUCUCUCAAGCUUCUGAAGUUGUGACGACUCCUUUAAAUGGACCAGAUGUAAAGCCAAAAUUCUUCAAACUUCGUGCCAAUUCUACUCCAAAAUUCUCUCAAGCCCAACUAUUUUCACCUGCUAUCAUCGAAAAUAGUCCAAAAGAAAAGAAUAUUUCACCCAGCAUAUUGGAGAGAUCUUUGAUUUUCGAAAACAAGUCAAUGAAUGUGUCGAACAAGUCUGAGAAUAUUCGAAGAUUUAAGAAGAUAUCUCCGAAUCUUUUGGAAAAGACGUUCAUCUUCGAAAUGAAUUCAACGCAGAGCAGUUUCCAAGAAUCGAGUGACUCCAUAGACUUAGAGCUUUCGUUACAGAGUAAACAAUUGAAUCGCAAGAAGAAUAUAGUUCGAGAGAUCGUUCGAAACUUGGAUGAAAAAGAAAAGAGAAAAUCGUUGCAGCCUCGUCAUAGCCAAGAUGAUGACAAAGAGUGCUAUGUGAAGCAAAUAGUGAAUGCUUUCGAUAAGGGAGACAUUUCUGGAGUGACAAGCCUAUUAUCAAGAAGUUCUACAAUCGACGAAGACAGCCUCUGCGAAUCAGAUACAAAAUCCUACGUCACAUCAAACUUCCCCAAGGAUACGGAUUACAGUGAUUAUGGUCAAAGAUCGCCGACUCUGAACAGCGACGACGAUCAAACAUUCGUUUCUGAAUGCCUCAAAGAAGACACGUUGGAAGCCAAAGAGAAGAAAAGUGCUGGGGAUGAUACUGUUUAUUGGAUACCCGUACCUAGAUCUGCACUACCAAGAAGUAGUUCUCUAUUGAGCAUGAUCUCCGAAUGGUCCAGCCUUGAUCACUCUCCAUGUAUCAGUCCGAUUAAAAGCCCGAAUGAAGUCGAAUAUUCAUUAGAAACAAGCUGGGGAGCUACUUACAAGACGAGCAACCCACUCUCCAAGAAAUUGUUCCACGAGACCGUAGUGAUAGAUUCAGGAUACUCUGAUUAGAAUGGAUCUUAUUUUUCGACCAUUGAGUUUUUCCCACGGUAGCAAAAAUUUCUGAUAAAAACUUAUUUACAUUCAAUAGUCAUCAGAGAAAAAUGUAGGACUCUUUACGAGUGAUUAAGUCGGUAAAAGUCAAAAGAGAGGAAUUUGCGAAUUAUUUCAUGAUUCAAUUUGACGUAAAAUGUAAUCUGAUUGCCAGAGAAUUUAUUUUUACAAUCGCGAAUAUUUGGAUAUUUGCUUCGAUACUUUCCAGAUGAUGCUUCCAGUAACUGGAUAUAACACGUAUCGUAUCUUUUGAGUAUUCUGCAAAUAUAAAAUAAUAUUGUAGUAUAAUGAAAUUAGAUAUAAUAUAUGUAUAUAAUAAAAUUUAAUGUAUAUGUAUAUGUAAUAAUAGGUAUAUUGAAUAUUAUAAAGACUGGAAAGAUCGAAGUUACAUUGAGAAUAUUCAUAUUUUUGCGAACAUUUCGUUACAUUACGCAUGCGACAAAUUGGCGGUAAAUAAUUUUCAAAUUCAUUGCAAUUCAACUUUGAUCUAUUUUUUUUUCUUUUUUAUUGCAAGCAAGUGAUUGAUCAAAAUAAUGUGAUUUUAUAUUUGCUAAUGAUAUGAACGAAGUCUGAAUAUUGUAGGCAUUCCGUGAAAUUCAAAUGUGCCUUCCUCUUUCAAGUCGAGCUCGAAUCUCUUAGAAUAACGAAUUAUUUUAAUUGUGAAUUUUCAAUCGUUUCACGCAUAUUAUAUGCAUACGAAACUGUAUUUCCUAUAUCUAUCUAAUAUUGUUUAAUAUCUGAAAAUGAAGAAUUUGAUUUUGAUUGUUUUUUACCGAUAAACUUAACUAGUUUUUUGUAAAAAAGUUAUAUUGGAAGUGAUGUUCUAUCGAUAUUAGUAUCGAAAUAAUGCAUCGAUAGUAUAGUAAACUAGUUUUAUUUUACAUUAAAUAUACUUUUCAGUCUGACUAGGACAACGUGAAGACACAGUUGUGAUGUUCAAAACUAUAAACUAUGCGAAUCAUAAGUGUAUAAAGCGGAUUUUAAGAUAUUGUUUCAAUGUACGUGUUUGAUGAAACAUAGUAUUGUCCAUUAUAUAUACAAUUUAUUCAUGUCUUCAAUGAAAAAUUUUUUCUCUGGCGAUUCGAACAAAUGCCAGGAUACUCGGCGAUAGUCACUGAUCGCUAUAUAGAAAUAAAUUGUCUCGACUAGGAACUUAUUUGGAAAUUUUCUAAUGGAAAAUUAGCUACAAAAAUUCUUGUAAUACUAGGUAAUAGUUACGUAUAUAAACCACUUUUAACGUUCCUAUAUUAAUCUUUUUUUUAACUUUUUCGCGUUAAAAAGAUACUGGCAAAACUCUUUUCUAAAAUUCAAUCUAAUUUUUUUUCUUUGUAAUACUACAAAUUAAUUAUUUGCUAACGUAUUUCAGAAUCAAUGGAUUCAUUAGAAUCCCGAAUGCGACGAAAUGUAUGAAUGAAAAUUAAAACGCAAUGAAAUGUUUAAUUAUAAGAUUAAGUUUUAACACUGACUUAUUUGCCAUCCAGUACAUAGUGUCUACUACUGUAAAGUAUAGUAAUGCUUCUUUAACGAAAAAUUGUAGAGAGAAUUCUUACAAAGUUCUAGUAUUUCGGAAUUCCAAUGUAAUGGUAAAAUUAUUUUGUAAAAUAUUUCUUAUGCGAAGUAAGUCAGCAUCUUUGAAGCAAUAUUUGUUAUAGCAGCAUGAUCAUAAUCUUU